UUGCGCUGGUGAUUGAAAAUAUGGAUGGCAAAGACGAUCUUCAUCAUAACCAGGGAGAAGAUGAAGAAUAUACUUUUGAUAAAUAUUUUUGUGAUAGUGAUGAACUUGAAGAUGAAAACCAGGUAACUGAUUUCUUUGAGCAGGAGCAUCAUGAGAAGAAGAUAAACAUAUAUACUGUUGUGAAGGAGGAAGAUAUAUGCCAGCGCCAAGAAGAGGGAAUGGCAAGUGUUUGCUCCAUCCUAUCCAUCUCUAGAGAUGAGGCUGUUAUUCUUUUGCUUCACUUUGGGUGGGAUUUCCAGAGGGUGAUUGAUGAGUGGCUUGUGAAGGAGGAGGACAUAAGAAGAGAUUUAGGGCUAUUCAAAACUAGGGUUUCAGAGGUUGAUCCAAAUUCAGUGAUGGAAUGUGGUGUUUGCGGUGAUAGUUUUAGCAUCAAUGGAAUGAGAGGAGGCACUUGUGGGCAUUAUUUUUGUAUUGGGUGUUGGCUAAACUGGAUUCAAGAAAUAAUAGAUCAAGCAGGAGCAAGAUGUCUCAUACUGAAAUGCCUUGAACCAUUUUGUAAAUGUUCUCUAGGUCAAGAAAUGGUGCUUUCUUUAUUGGUUUCUUGUGAGGAACGUUAUCUAAAAAUGUACAGACAGUACCUUGUUAGGUCGUAUGUUGAAAGCAAGAAAACAAUCAAAUGGUGUCCAGCCCCUGGUUGUGAGUAUGCUGUUGAAGUGGGUAAUCAUGGAAGUGGGUCAGGGUCAUAUGAGGUUACUUGUGAAUGCUGUUAUGAGUUUUGUUGGAACUGUUUAGAGGAAGCUCAUGGUCCAGUAGAUUGUGAGAUUGCAAAAAAGAGUAUGUUGGAGAACAAUGAUUUUGGGAAAACAGAAAACUGGAAGUUGGUUAACACAAAGCGUUGCCCCAAGUGUAAUUCUGCCAUUGAGAAAGGUGGAGGUUGCAGGCAUAUGACUUGUGUAUUUCCAUGUUGCUUUGAGUUUUGCUGGUUCUGCCUUGGCAAUUGGUUCGACCAUGAUGCUCAUUAUGCCUGUGAUUGGUAUUAUGAUAGUUAAGAUGAUGUAGUAGAGAGAGAAUGAAAUGGAAAUAUCAUUAACCAUUAUUAUGUGU